GCUCGAACGGUCCCGCUCCCGCGGCAGGGCUGCCGGCGGCCGGGGCAGCCCGCCAUCUCGGCAGGAAUCCCACCCGCCGCCGCGGAGCAGAAGCGACGGGCCGCGGCGAGGAGGGGCGCCGGGGGCGGAGACCACCGCCCUCCCCCCCCCCCCCCCCCGCCUCGGUCGGGUCGGCGGGACCCGGAUGAGCACGGGGCUCCGAGGAGGCUCGUGGAGGCGCCGAUUCCUCUCAGGAGGCGCACGCGCGCGGGAGGGGGAGCGUGCGGCUGCCGGCGCGCGCCCGCCGGCCUGUUAUGUAUAGCGCCCGCGGGGGGGGGGAACGACACGAGGCUGCGCAUGCGCGGCGGCGCGCCUCUCCUCAGCCCCUGGCAGCGCCCGCGGCGGGACCGCGGUCGUCGCCGUCGUCGUGGUCGCCCGUGGGUCCGUCCCGUCCCGUCCGAUCGCACCGCAGCCCGUACGCCGCGGGGCAGAGGCGGGCCGCUUAUGUAAGGGUGUGCGUAGGGAGCCCAGCCGGGUACCGGUCUGUGAGGGGCCCCCCGCCGAGGCGCGCCUGGGCCGGGCGGGCAGGGGGACGGCGGCCGCCCUCCUCUCCCCCCGUUUUAGGCCUCGCACGUCUCCCUCUGCCCACGCUGCUCGCCCCCCCCCCCCGUUAGUUUAAGAUGAGUGCUGUUGCUUACGAAACGGAGCGUGGUUUUUUUUUGUCCACUGCAGUCCCGAGGUGGUGUCAAAAGAGCUGGGGAAGAACCACUGAGCAAGAGGGAGUAGCUCGGCCGUGCAGUGCUGCGGAAAGCAGACACGCUUUCCAGCGAGUUCUGAGCAGCAGAACGAGUUAAAAUGGUCCCUCUAGCACUGUCAGUAAAGUCAUUAUUAGUAAAUGGUGUAUAUCUAACGUCUUGUCUUUUAAUUACAGAGCUCAAACCAGCCUCUGCCUGCUGCCGACGCAGCAGGUUUCCUUAUACCUUCUCUCACGUUAGCCACUAGGCACGGCUAACCACUGAAUGAGGCGUCACACUGAUAGGACUCGGUAGAGCAAUUCCGAGUCGUAACAGGGCAGCUGUAGAUGCAGAUCUGAAAAUAAACCUCCACCUGUGGAUUGCAACUCAAAUCUACAACUUCCAGAGCGUUCAUAGUCAGCUGGGCAGCAAUAGCAAGGGGGGUCUCACUAGAAAUAACAGCUCUCAAGUAAAAGGCAGAGAGAGGACUCACAUCAGCAGUACUGACCUUCCUUGACUUCCAGAAUUCCAGAUGUCCUCCUUACAAGGCUGCGACACUGAAGAUGGCCCUGAAUAAAGUCCAGCAUCAUCUGAUCUGCCUUCUUGGGAAUACUGAGUUGCUGUUCUCUCUGCAUAGGGCUGCAUUCCAUGAUGUUGAGAGGAGUCGCUCACAGUGCAAAAGAUACAUUUACUCUUCUGUUGGCAAGAUCUCAGUAUCGUAACCCAGGAUUGAAUUUUCCCUCAGUAUGGACUGAAGUAAUGAAGAGAAGCUUCCUAAUACAUUCCACUUACACAACGGAUACAAAAUCAAGAGAGGAAAAUAAAAAAACCAUUGAGAGUCUCUACAGAUUGUCAGUUGACAUUAAGAAAAUACGCAGACUAAAGGAAUGGGUCCUCCUCCAGGAUGUGGCCUAUGUUAAAGAAAUUGCUGAUAUCUUAAAAGAAAUGGGAGCAGAUGAGACCACUGUAGCCAACAUUUUAGAACGCUGCCCAGAGGCAAUUCUCCAUACCCCUGCAGAGAUAAACUCUCAAAGAACUCUAUGGCAACUAGUAUGCCAGAAUGAAAAUCAGUUAAUUAAAUUAAUAGAGCAAUUUCCAGAGUCUUUUUUUACUACUCAGUAUCAUGAGAAUCAGAAGGCAAAUAUACUGUUUUUUCAAGAGGUGGGACUUAAGAAUAAUAUAAUCACCAGGUUCUUGACAAGUGCACCCAGUAUUUUCUAUAAUCCUGUUGAGAAAAACAAAAACGUGAUAGAGACAUUACAAAGAAAUUAUUUAAGUUUAGGAGGUUCUGAUGCAAAUAUGAAGAUCUGGAUACUGAAGCUAUUGAGCCAAAAUCCAUUUAUUUUAUUAAAUUCCUCCACCACAAUCCAGGAGAACUUGGAAUUUCUCCAGAAGAAUGAUUUCAGAGACCAUGAAGUUCUACAGCUGCUGUCCAAACUUAAAGGUUUUAUUUUUCAGCUUACUCCUACUACUAUGCAGAAGAGUAUGCUUUAUUCCAAAAAUGUCUUUAAGUGCAGUGAUCAAGAAUUAAAACAGCUAGUGCUGAAAUGCCCAGCCCUUCUCUACUAUUCUGUUCCAGUUUUGGAAGAAAGACUUGAAGGACUACUGAAGGAAGGAAUUUCUGUAGCGCAGAUUAGAGACACACCAAUGGUGCUAGAGUUGACAACGCAAAUCGUUCAGUACCGAAUUAAAAAACUCUCUGCUUUGGGAUAUGAUAUAAAGAGUGGAACUCUAGAAAGCUUGAAUGGUACUAAGAAGGAUUUUGAAGUCAAUUAUGGUAGGAUACAAUCAAAGAAGGAGAGACCAAUUUUUAAUCCUGUUGCUCCUGUACACAUUGAAGAAUAAUUUGAAUGCUGUACUUCAAAUUACACAAAAGAAAAUUAUUAAAGAGAAAAGAGAUGCUGGGUGGUUGAGAAGAGCCAGAAGAAAUCUUAACCAGAUUGUAGUCUUAUACUGUACUUUGUCCCAGAGUGGGUCUUGGGCACAAAUUCAUUAUACAGUUGUAGCUUUCUAAUACUUUCAAAUAAUAUCAUAGAAGCUGGUUAUGAUAAAGGUUGCCUUUUUUCCCCAGGGAGUACCUCACAUGUUUUUUUGGUUCCGUUACAUUUCCUUAUCUAACAGGGCGUUAACUGCUUUGGAUUUUCAGCUCUGUCACUGCACAGUCCAGCCUGGGGUAGUGAUUAGCACAAUCUUUAUCUGAGAAAAGGAGGGUUAUUUUUCCAGCAGUGUUCAACCCACUGGUUCACUGAAUUUUGGAGGCUCUUUUGGAGUUCCAUUCCUUAUUGCUGCAGUAAGUAGCUCUAGCUCCUGGAUCCUGACCUGCAGCAGACCUGACUUCUUGGAUAGGAAAACGUAGGUAGAGCAGUCUGAGAACAGGGGCAGGACAUAAUAUUUUUUUAUUUAGUGACUGCUGCAGUGAGGCCCUGGUAUGUUUGUGUGCAAACAAUAAUGCAAAGAAACUACGAGACAACCUCCUUUACAUUUCUGAGACUUCAAAAUUUACUCCUUUUUCAAAAGGUCUGGGGCAGGAGGAAAUACAUUUAUUGCCAUUGUCUAGUUCUUAAUUUCUUUUCUAGCAUGGCUUAGGGAGAGAAAAGGUUAGGGAGAGACUCAAGCGAGUCUCAAAGGAUUGUAGGAGAAAGGAAAAAGUCAUGCUUUUAUAUUAGGUGUAACAAAACUCUAGUCUGUAAACCACUGGUGAUUAAAAAUGACUACCAGAUUUGCAAACAGCUGCCAGUUUCUAAAUAUAUGGGUGACACUGCUUCUCAGAUAACACCAUACAGUAAUUGUUGACAAGUACUGGCUUUCAAAAUAGUAACUAUCUGACAGUGUUUAAGUUCUUAGGGGAUUUUAUUUGUUUUCAUUUACGGGCUGUGAAUGAGAAUAUAAAAUAGUAGCAUCAAUGACAAUCAUCUCAAGAGAAUUAGGAUCAUCAGUGAUUCUGUUUCUCAGAAAGACUUUGCUAAGCAACUAUUCCAUACACAUUCCCUCUUGACAGCAGGAGAAAAAACAGUUACACACCCCCCUCGCUCCAGGCCAUUCUUCAAGGUCAUUUUUAACAGACAUUUUGGCAGCAAGUCCAGGGUUCCUUUUCUUAAAGAAAAGUUUUAAAUUGCUGAGGAAAGCUGGUAUUGAAUUACUUGCUUAGAUGGUGGGCUGCAAGGUUAUAUUUUAUAUAGCCUGCCACAUUAUCUGCUGUGAACUUGGAAAAGGCUAGAAACAUCUGGUUAGAUCAGUGCCAAGAUCUCAACAGCUGAAGGUCUUAAACUCACCACCAUGCAGGCGAGUGUGGACGUGAUGGCAGCUUGUGGGGGUAACCACUGCUCUUCUAGGAGCAUGUGUGACAGUGGUGAGAAUUCAAGAAGGGGCACGUAUCACCAGCAUGAUAAAAAUCAGGCUGUGUUACUAAGCCAUGUCUUUGCUGACUCUUCAAAACACAUUAUCAGUUUUUUUAGGAGGAAACUGGGAAGAUAGCCAUAUUAAAAAUUUACAGGAACUUGCCUUUAUCACUUUCUGACUGUCUGCUCAGCUAUUAAGCAUACCACAGUACUACUUGAAUUUCAAAGCAUCAUUCCCCUCAUACACAAGGGGACAUUUCAGCUCUCUGAGGCUAUUCAUAAUACAACCUGUAAUGCUGAACCACAGAUCUGAUGGAUGGUUUAGGAUGAAAAGGAAACCAAGAUGUAGAACAGUGUUUUCCCUGAAAAUUUAGUUUUGGCAUUUCUACAGGUAUCUGUUUUCAAAGUUCCUGAAACAGCUUAUUUCCAUCACUUACAGUAUUUCCAGUGGCAAUGAACAAAAUGGGAAAGUGACAUAUUUCCUUGAGUCACAGCCUGAGUUAUCGCAAACUCAUUUUCCAUUCUGACUGUUUCAAUUUCUCCUCCUCCCCUUUCAAAACAAAAGCAUAAACAGAAAGACUCCUUUUUUCUACCAGCAGACAGAAAUUCAUUCAAUCCUUCAUUCAUAACUCUAUGCCUGGGACCCACUUCUCUCUUAUUCACAGGAUUCAUUUAUAACAAAGCCUCACAGAAGCUCCCAAUUACCAAAAUGUAUUGCUGAAAUCUGCUUCGUCUUCUCUUGCUGUUACCUGCAGUGAACAUGAACCAGUUUAAACUGUUUAAGUCUGGCACAUAAAAGCCUAUAGACCAACCUUUCAUUACACAGCAAGCAGUCAGGCGUACAAGUAGUCUUCAUAAAUAUUGCCCCUUUUGAAAUGGGGGCUGGGAAAUGGGGAGUAAAAUAAAACCACUACAAAA